UCCACCAAGGCGCCCCUGAAGCGCUCUAAUGUAGAGCGAGUGACCAACAUGCAGAUCCUGGUCCUGUUCUGUAUCCUGCUGGUCAUGGCCCUGGUCAGUUCUGUUGGUGCUGCCAUCUGGAACAAAGAACACACUGAAGAUGCCUGCUGGUACCUGUCCCGCACUGGUGACAUCUCCACUAACUUUGCAUAUAACCUGUUGACGUUCAUCAUCCUGUACAACAACCUGAUCCCCAUCAGCCUGCUGGUCACUCUGGAGGUGGUCAAGUUCACACAGGCCCUCUUCAUCAACUGGGACGUGGAGAUGUACUACUCAGAGACAGACACGCCGGCCAUGGCUCGGACGUCCAAUCUUAAUGAGGAACUGGGGCAGGUCUGUUUCUCCCCUUCCUCACAGUUAGUGGCUAUAGGACAGAAAGUAUGAACACCCAAAUGACCUUUAUACGUAGACUUGAGUUAAUACAGGCCUGUUGAAGGUGCACUGUGUAAGAUUG